AUGAGUAACGCUGAAGCCAAGCACAUUUACCCUAAAGUUGCAGAUACCGAAGCUACCGCAGCUUUUGAAGAAGCGCUAAGAUCUGGUGAUCUAAUUCUUAAAAGAAGAUGUUUCGCAUCUUACACAUUUUAUUUGGAUAAUUUGGACAGUGGUUCAUUGAAACGUAUUGAACGUGGAAUCAAACUUCUCGGAGCAUCUAUUGAAGCUUUCUUUUCUAACCAAUGCACUCAUAUUAUAACAAAUAAGCCUAUACCUGAGUAUAUUAAUUUCCUUGAUAACGUUCAUAAUUGCCCUGAUCCUGAAAGAUACAAAAACGCACCGCGUGAUGCUAUGAUUGAGAAGGCUAUUGAAUGGGGAAAAACUUUGUGGUCCACGGAUGUCAUGUUGAAGACGGUCGAGUUCCUAUUACAUUCUCAAAGAGGCAGAAUCACGCAUCACCCACCCCCAGCGCCACCAAAACGAAAGCUGGACGCGAUGCUCAAAGAAGAAAAACUCUAUGGCUCCCAUACUGUUCCAAAGCAAAGUCCUCCAAAGAAAUUAAAGUUUAAACCAUUUACGGGCCAUUAUAUUAUGGUACAAGACGUACAGCAAAUUUUCCGCCCUCCUGUCCUCAAAAUUUAUACUCAAGAACUGUUCACAGAAAAGCAACCUGACUAUCCUUGGCCCUACAUUAAGAAUACCCACAACCACAAGUCGCCUUUUACUCCACGGGUUUCCGACUCUCAGAAACCAGCAGCAGAAGGUGCUCCAAAGGAAGCGGCGGUUAAGGAGCAGCAGCAAGGUGAUCAGCAAGUGCAAGAAGCUGCAAACAAGUCGCGCAAAGCCCCUAUGGGAAAAAAUGAAGAGACAAAAGCAUGUGAUGUCCAAGCCCUACCUGAACAAAACCAAGCCUUACCUGAACAAAACCAAGCCUUACCUGAACAAAACCAAGCCUUACCUGAACAAAACCAAGUUUUAACUGAACAAAAGCAAGUUUUAACUGAACAAAAGCAAGUCCUACCUGAACAAAAACAAGCUGUUCCUAAAAUACAAGCAAUGCACUAUACUAACACGUAUAAAAGCAAUCAAGGCAACACUAUCUACGACCAUACUAGGUAUGCUAUGUCUACACAACAGUUAUCUACAGUUACAACAAGAGCCAAUACAACCACCCAAACUCUUCCUCCUGUGUCAAGCACUACUACUACUCACACUCAUAAUCCUGAAAAGAAUCACAUGAAAAAAUCUCUAAAUGACCCUGCUGUGCAACAAUUUACGAGACGUAUGGUUGAAGUGCCUAGAUUAUUUGUCGCUCCCACACCUAGUAAGACUCAGCCUAGUCAUUUACAAUCCGUAUCACCAGCAGUCUCACGCACCAAUAAAGAAAAUAUACUCAGAAAGCAACGAGAUAAACAUGAUCGUCGACGUCUUCAACCACGACAGCAAGGUCAUCACAAAAUAAAGAAAGAAGCCGGAAAGAAAAACUUCAAAUUCUGCGAAAUCUGUAGCAAAUUAUUUGAAUCUUACGAAGAGCAUUGCAAAGAACCAAAGCACGCUGCCUUUGUUUCUGACGAAAGAAACUGGGCAACACUUGAUACCCUUAUUAAUACCACAAAGAGGAGACUUCAACCUGGCUCUUCUUUUUAA